GGGCCACGCGAGCGCCGCGGGCACGGCCGCAGCAGGCUGGGCGUGGGAGGCGGCGGCGGGGCCCCGCAGUGUUGGGAAGAUGGCGCCGCCUGUGACCGAGCGGGGGCUGAAGAGCGUCGUGUGGCAGAAGAUAAAAACUACAGUGUUUGAUGACUGCAAGAAAGAAGGCGAAUGGAAGAUAAUGCUUUUAGAUGAAUUUACCACUAAGCUUUUGGCUUCCUGUUGCAAAAUGACAGAUCUUCUAGAGGAAGGCAUAACUGUUGUAGAAAAUAUUUAUAAAAAUCGUGAACCUGUCAGACAAAUGAAAGCUCUUUAUUUUAUCACUCCAACAUCAAAAUCUGUAGAUUGUUUCUUACGAGAUUUUGCAAGUAAAUCGGAGAACAAGUACAAAGCAGCAUAUUUAUACUUCACUGACUUUUGUCCCGAUAAUCUCUUUAACAAAAUUAAGGCUUCUUGCUCCAAGUCAAUAAGAAGAUGUAAAGAAAUAAAUAUUUCCUUCAUACCACGUGAAUCUCAGGUGUAUACUCUUGAUGUACCAGAUGCAUUUUAUUACUGCUAUAGUCCAGAUCCUGGUAAUGCAAAUGGAAAAGAUGCCAUUAUGGAAGCAAUGGCUGAGCAGAUAGUUACGGUCUGUGCUACCUUGGAUGAAAACCCUGGAGUAAGAUAUAAAAGUAAGCCUCUAGAUAAUGCCAGUAAGCUUGCACAGCUUGUUGAAAAAAAGCUUGAAGACUACUACAAGAUUGAUGAAAAAAGCCUAAUAAAGGGUAAAACUCAUUCCCAGCUCUUAAUAAUUGAUCGUGGCUUUGAUCCUGUGUCCACUGUCCUGCAUGAACUGACCUUUCAGGCAAUGGCAUAUGAUCUACUACCAAUUGAGAACGAUACAUACAAAUACAAAACAGAUGGAAAAGAAAAGGAGGCAAUCCUGGAAGAAGAUGAUGACCUCUGGGUCAGAAUUCGACAUCGACAUAUUGCGGUAGUGUUAGAGGAAAUUCCCAAGCUUAUGAAGGAAAUUUCAUCAACAAAGAAAGCAACAGAAGGAAAGACAUCACUUAGUGCUCUUGCCCAAUUGAUGAAAAAGAUGCCCCAUUUCCGUAAACAGAUUACUAAGCAAGUUGUUCAUCUUAACUUAGCAGAAGAUUGCAUGAAUAAGUUCAAGCUUAAUAUAGAAAAGCUCUGCAAAACUGAACAGGACCUGGCACUUGGAACUGAUGCAGAAGGACAAAGGGUGAAAGAUUUUAUGCGAGUACUCCUUCCAGUUCUUCUCAACAAAAAUCACGACAAUUGUGAUAAAAUAAGAGCAAUCCUACUUUACAUCUUCAGUAUUAAUGGAACUACAGAAGAAAAUUUGGAUAGGUUGAUCCAGAACGUAAAGAUAGAAAAUGAGAGUGACAUGAUUCGUAACUGGAGUUAUCUUGGCAUUCCCAUCGUUCCCCAAUCUCAACAAGGCAAACCAACACGAAAGGAUCGGUCUGCAGAAGAAACUUUUCAGCUCUCUAGAUGGACACCUUUUAUCAAAGAUAUUAUGGAGGAUGCCAUCGAUAAUAGAUUAGAUUCAAAAGAAUGGCCAUAUUGUUCCCAGUGCCCAGCAGUAUGGAAUGGCUCAGGAGCUGUAAGUGCUCGCCAGAAACCCAGAGCUAAUUACUUAGAAGACCGAAAAAAUGGGUCAAAGCUGAUUGUUUUUGUAAUUGGAGGAAUUACUUACUCUGAAAUGCGUUGCGCUUAUGAAGUUUCUCAGGCAUAUAAAUCCUGUGAAGUUGUUAUUGGUUCUACACAUAUUUUAACACCUAAAAAGCUAUUGGAUGAUAUAAAGAUGCUGAAUAAACCCAAGGAUAAAGUCUCCUUUAUUAAGGAUGAAUAGCUUUUUUUUUUCUGAAGGGCUUGGAGAGCCAUAGAACAAGAAAAUGUUGCUUUCAUGUAAUUUAAACAAUGUAAAUAUUUUAUGGAACAAUGGCUUUUCAAAUACAUUUCUUAAGGGACUGUUUGAUUAUGAGUUAUUGGAGUUCAUUGGAUUUGCCAUUUUUGAUAAUUUAAAUAUUAUUGCUUUGUAGAUGAUGAAAAGAAAUGUUAAAAUGCUUUCUAAAAAUUUUUUUCACCUUUGGAGCAGAAUGUAUUAGAAUUAUGGGUAAUUUUUCACAGCCACAUAUGUACAUACUAAUUAUUCAUUGGAUACUUGUAUCUGUGUGUCUCAUGACAAAGUAUAGGUUUUUUGGAAAAGAAUGAUUUUAAGUGAAGAGAUUGUAAAAGUAAAAACUGUAAAUGUUUAUUGUAUGAUAGAAUUAUUUCCUAUAGUUUUUUUAACUGAAAUUCACAAUUUAUUUCAUGUAUAAAGUUAAUAUAGAGUAAUUUCACAGUGUAUACUAUCUUGCUAGAUAAUUCAAAGAACACAAUUUUAUGUAAUUUUGAAAUUAUGUUUCAAUUAGAAGACCAAAAAUAAUCAUCACCAUUCUAAGAAAAAAAUAAAUA